AUGGAAAACAUUCACUCAGCACGGAUCGCUACGAUUUUGCUCCUGUUUGUCAUAAUUCUGCAAGAAUUUAAAUCUACAUCAUGUGAUGGUCAAAUAAAUCAAAAUUCAAGUGUUAUCCUGAAAAAUCUAACGUACCAGGAGAUAUAUAAUAAUAUUAAAAGUCCUGAAACCAACCAUAUAAGGCAGAAACGUCAGAUAAUUUAUUAUCCUUAUGGUGGUUACUAUCAACGGCGACCACUCCCUAUUAUAUUUGGAGGUGCUGGUUUGGUCAUAGGAAGACCUGGAUUUGGAUUUGGAAGACCAGGCUUUGGAUUUGGACGACCCGGUUUUGGUGGACGAGGGUUUGGCGGUAGAGGAUUUGGCGGAAGAGGUUUUGGUGGUUUUGGUGGCCGUGGUCUGGGAGGUGGUGGACGAGGUGGUCGUGGA